AGUAUUGGAAAUCCAAGUAGCCGGAAACAUGUCUAAUAUCACUAAUUCUGAGAAGCUGAUAGAGGACAGGAACGGGAAAAGGAUCUGUUUUUGAAGAGCGAGAGAAUACGUCUUAAUAAUAGAUACUUGUUCCUGUGUGCGACAAUGUCCAGCCAUCCCAGAAAAACAAGCAUGGCCUGGUGUUCCUUAUUUCUUGUAAUCAUAGUUACUUCUAUAACUGAUGCGCAUAAACUUAAACAGGCAAGAAAACCUCUAAUAAAGAAUAAUCCCUUUGUUGCCAUCUGGAAUGCUCCCACGGAACAAUGCAAACGGAGAUACAAUGUUGACCUUGAUCUCAGUGUCUUUGAUAUUGUUAUUAACACAAAUGAAACUUUGAGCGGUUCAAAUGUUACAAUAUUUUAUCAUACUCACCUUGGACAUUAUCCACAUUUCACUGAUGAUGGACAUUCUGUUAAUGGGGGAGUUCCACAAAACCAAAGCCUUAAAAAACAUCUAAUGAAGGCAAGAGAUGAUAUAAACAAAUUUAUACCAGAUAAGAAUUUUAAAGGUCUAGCUGUAAUUGAUUGGGAAAAUUGGAGACCACUAUGGGAUAGAAACUGGGGAAGUAAAGACAUAUAUAGAAGCACAUCAGUGAAACUAGCAAAGGAACAUCAUCCAGAUUGGCCAGAUACACUUUUGAGAAAGAUGGCCAAGGAAGAAUUUGAAACAGCUGGAGAAAAUUUUAUGAAGGAUACUGCUCGUUUAGGACAGGAAGUGAGACCAGAUGGUUUAUGGGGAUACUAUCUUUUCCCUGAUUGCUACAACCAUGAUUACAAACUUAGCCCUGAAACUUACACAGGAAAAUGUCCAAAUAUUGAAAUGAAACGAAAUGAUAUGCUGCUGUGGCUAUGGAAAGCUAGCGGUGUUCUCUUUCCCUCUAUAUAUCUAGACAUUGUACUUAAAGGAAGCCCAAAUGCACUUAAAUUUGUUCACCACCGUGUAAGGGAGGCAACUAGAGUUGCCUCAUUGGCAAGAGAAGAAUAUGAUAUACCUGUGUAUGUGUAUGCAAGACCAUUCUAUUCAUAUACCCUUCAUGCACUGACAAUGUCUGAUCUAAUUCACACCAUUGGAGAAAGUGCGGCACUAGGGUCAGCUGGUGUUGUGCUUUGGGGAGGGAUGCAAUAUGCAAGUACAAAGGAAAGCUGUACCAUUGUGAAAAACUACAUUGAUGAUACUUUGGGUCGCUACAUGAUUAACGUAACAUCAGCUGCUAAGCUCUGCAGUAAAUUGAUGUGUAAAAAGAAUGGGCGCUGUGUCAGGAAGCACGCACACUCAAACGCUUACUUACACUUGAAUUCAAAUCAUUUUAAUAUCAAGAAAAAUCUUUCUGGUAAGGGACCAAGCCAUUUUGCAACUGGAAAUCUUGGAGACGAAGACUUCAUUUAUUGGAAGAAUAAAUUUGUGUGUAAGUGCUAUGAGGGCUGGACUGGACUGUCCUGUGAACUUCCACAAUCUGAGAAACUGGUGCAGAAUAAAAACACAGUAAAGAAUAGUUCAAGAAAAUCAUUUAUCCCUGCCAGCAUAGUGCUAUAUUCAAUUCUUCAGAUUAGUCUUUUAUUCAUGUAUAAUGCUGCAUGAUUCAUUGGCUAUAUAUGUAAUUAAUCUUAAAGGGACAUUGUAACACAAAAUACAAAAAUGACAUGCUCUUGUUCACUAUGGCGUAACAUUUUUGCAUUACUGAUCUUAGAACUAUAGGGAUGAUCGAUCCUUUAGAAAAACAUUUAAAAGAAAUCUCCAUAGACUUUAAUAGUGAUUUUAUGUUGAAAAUCCUUAGAUUUUCCUAACGGAUUGUGAUCCACCCCUAUGUGUUUAGCCUCUUCAAAAGGAUUAAACACAUAGAUAAAGUCUAUAUGAAAAGCUGCAUGGCCUGUAGCGCAUGACUGUCAAUCAUGAGCAGCAGUCGUACAUCUUCCAACAAAUAAUUAAGUAAAGCAGCAGUGCAAAAAUUAUAUACUAACCAUAUGAGGAUGUCAUUUUUAAUAGACUGUCCCUUUAAGGCUAAAUGGUAAAUAACAAAGAUGUAUUCUAACACAUCCUAUAUUGGACUAAACAUUUUAAAGCUGCAUCUAAUAUAUCUGAAUAGUUUACAGCAGGGGGUUUUCAAACCUGUCCUCAGGACUUUCUGUAAGGCUAGAUCUUCAGGAUAUCGGAACUGGAGCACAGGUGACAUAAUCAGCUGAUUAGUAAACAUGAUUAAUAACUUGCUCUCACCCAAGGUAAUCCUAAAAAUCUGGCCUGUUAGGGAGGCUUGAGGACUUGGUUAAAAACCUCUGGUUUAGAGUAUGUAUCUAUUUUUGCAGAAAACAAACAAACUUUGGUAUCAAAAGAAUGUGAGCUAUAUACAAAAAUAAAAUACAAAACAAUAUAUUUUUUUAUAUUUGUUAUAUCUUACCACAAUUCUGAAUUAAAUUGCUUUAAUGAAUAUAUAUUUUUAAAAAAAUAAUAAUAAUUAAGUCCUUUACUUUGUUAUUUUAUUUGAAAUGCUAAUAAAUGUUUAUCUCCCAAUAUUAAAUUUGCAGAUCACUUCUACUAUAAAAUUAGCUUCAUUCUCUUGGUAUCCUUUGUUGAAGAGUAAACCUAGGUAGGCUCAGGAACAUGCACCUGUAUUCAGCACUCCAUAGCAGCAGUGUUUGCAAAAAUAUUUGUAGCAAUGUUACACAUUGUUGCAAACACUGCUACCAUAUAGUGCUGGACACGUGCACACCUCUGAGCCUAGCUAAGUUUGCUCUUCAAAAGAGGAUACUACGAAAACAAAGCAAAUUUGAUAAUUGAAGUAAACGGGAAUUUUUUUUAAAUUGCAUUCCCAAUCUGUAUCAUGAAAGUUUAAUGUUGACUUUACUGUCCCUUUAAUAAGCAACAUUUUUUACUUCUGCAAUAAGUUGAUAUUGAUUGACACCUGGUACACUGUGUCAUUUGAUCUUUUCCUGAUGACUUGUAGGAAAACUGUCAGAAAUAAUGGAACAUUAUUUUUGGGAGAUUAUGAAGAUACUGAUAAUUUUCUCUUCUUAAGUACAGCUAUAUUUUACUUGCUAAAUCAAUUCUAUGGAGAAUAGACAUGAGCAUUCGUUUUCGGACAAAUGUAAAAAAAUGAUACAUAAUUGUUGCAUUCAUCUGAAAACUAUAAAGAAAGACCCUUUAAUGAGAGAUGAUCUAAUUAAAUGCAUGUGAGAAAAAAAAUAGUUGAUUUAUUUGUCCAGUUAAAAUCAUUAAGGGAGGAAUGUAUUUUUUUUAUAGGUGGGAAAAGUUCAAAUGUACACCAUUCAAUAACAAUUUAGCAAUUUCCUUGUCAGAUGAUUGAUUCUUGUAUCAGUCUUAAAGGAUCUAAACUUCCCUUUUGUUCUUAUUCAUUCCUGACCUCAUUAAAACAUUUUUAAAAUUUUA